GCAUUACCACCGCUACUAUCUACUACUGGUGGUGAAGUGUUGCCAUAACAGGCAAGUGGCUAACGCUAAUGUUUGCUAACUAAUUAGCACGAUAGGUGUUGUUGUGUGUGUGCGUGUUCCAGUCUGAACCAUGGAACAGUGUGCAUGUGUGGAGCGGGAGCUGGAGAAAGUGCUCCACCGCUUCGUAAUGUACGGCCACCAGUCUGAGGAGAGGCUAGACGAACUCCUGCGCAGCGUCUGUGAGAUACGGGGACAGCUAGUUGCUUUCGGAGUACAAGAUGCAGACUUAUCGGUCUUAUCCCAGACUAUGGCCCAAUGCUGUAAGAACAUCAAAGAAACAGUGCAGAUGCUGGCCUCUCGACAUAAGGACAUCCAUGGCAGUGUGUCAAAAGUUGGCAAAGCCAUUGACAGGAAUUUUGAUGCAGAGAUCAGUGCUGUGGUGGCAGAGACAGUGUGGGACACACCAGAGAGACAGAAAUACCUGAGUGAGACCAUUGUGGAGCACCUGUACAGACAGGGGAUGCUCAGUGUAGCAGAGGACCUUUGUCAGGAGUCCGGUGUAGUUAUAGACAUGAGUAUGAAGCAGCCUUUCCUGGAGCUAAACAGGAUCCUUGAAGCUCUGAGGAUGCAGGACCUCAGGCCAGCAUUAGAGUGGGCAGUGACGAAUCGGCAGCGCCUUCUGGAUCUGAACAGCAGUUUAGAGUUCAAACUGCACCGCUUGUACUUCAUCAGCCUGCUCAGCGGGGGAAUUAACAACCAAAUGGAGGCCCUGCAGUACGCCAGGCACUUCCAGCCCUUCGCCUCCCAGCACCAGAGAGAUAUCCAGAUCUUGAUGGGCAGUCUGGUGUACCUACGCCAUGGCAUCGAGAACUCUCCCUACCGCAGUCUGCUGGAGACGAAUCAGUGGGCAGAGAUCUGCAACAUCUUCACCAGAGAUGCCUGCUCUUUAUUGGGUCUCUCCGUAGAGUCUCCACUAAGUGUUAGUUUCGCAUCGGGGUGCAUGGCCUUGCCAGUUCUGAUGAACAUCAAACAGGUGAUAGAGCAGAGACAGUGCAGUGGAGUCUGGACGCACAAAGACGAGUUGCCUAUUGAAAUUGACCUCGGGAAGAAGUGCUGGUACCACUCCGUGUUCGCCUGCCCGAUCCUUCGGCAGCAGACCUCAGAGAGCAAUCCUCCCAUGAAGCUCAUCUGUGGACACGUCAUCUCCAGAGAUGCUCUCAACAAACUCACCAACGCUGGGAAGUUGAAAUGCCCGUACUGCCCCAUGGAGCAGAAUCCGUCACAUGCCAAGCAGAUCUAUUUUUGAUACCGCACCUCCUCUCCUCAACAAGGAUGAAGUCACCUGGAGCUCCUUGCGUCUCCAGGAUCAUUUGCUCUGGCCCUUUUUCCUCUGUCCCCGGCCUCCACGGCCUGUUAUUGUAAGCAUUAAGGUUUUACCCCAGUGCUCCUCUGGACAGCCUCGGCCAUCCUUGCAACCCACCCCGGACCCUUUGCUAAACACACGGCAGGGAUGGCCCAACAUGUAGUAGAGAGAGGAAACUGUCAGUAAUGAGAACAUCCUCGCGAAAGAAGCGCCUCUGAAAAAGGAUCAUUCAUUGAAACUCAUUUGCUCAAAUGCCUGCAGAGUUAUAGGCUUAUCUUUUUAAAGUAUGUAAUACUUUAUAGUGUUUGUUUUCUCAGCUUUAUCGACUGUUUGAGUUGGACGACUGCUUCUUUUUUUUUUCUUGUUUCUUUUUGUUUUUUGACAGAAGCAGCUGAAUGAUAAUGAAUGGGUGUAGAAUCUGGGUAAAUGGUGUAGAUAGACAGAUUCUGAUUUCAGGCUGGUAAUAAACUUCUAUUAUACAUGAGAAAAACACACAGAGUAACAGAGUGUAUCCAAGGUUUAUUAUUUGCUGGUGAAGUGAGCUGUGGAGGUCCGUCUCGAACGGAGCUCUUGAUUGUGACCCAUCGCUCCUCCAUGAUGUAACAACGGCCUCACGUAGCUUGAGCGUCGCUCUCGGCUGAUGCGCCCGUUCGAUUCAUCGGAAGAAUUCGUCAACGGUGGAAGAGCUUUUUUUAUUUUUCAAUUCUUUUCUUUUUCCUCCAUUGACUGACUGCACCAGCAAGAUUUUCCUCACUAUAGAAGCCAUUUGUCUUGUCCUGUAUAUGUAUUUAACAAACACGACAAAAGAAAAAAAAAAAGCAAACAAAAAAAAAUAUAUACUACUGUGAAA